CUAACUGUACACUUGUCAACUUCUUGUCAAAGUUGAAUCGCAAGCGAAAGCUGCUUGAACACGUAUCUGAAUAAUUUGAGGAAAAAUGGCAGAUACGGCAGCCGAAAUUCCUAUAAACAUAGAAGAAACUGUUAAAGAAGCCAUACAAAAUGUUACGGAGAAACCCCCAUCAAGUAUCGAGGGAGUUGCUAUUGCCUACCUAAGCCUUGUGAUAAUGGCUAUAUUACCCAUAUUUUUUGGGUCUUUUAGAUCUGUGAAGUACUUAAAUGAGCAAAAGGAGGCCGGCGAACGCCACGAGACGAUGUCCAACAAGGACGCGCUGAUGUUCCCGCUGAUCGCCUCGUGCGCGCUGUUCGCGUUGUACGUCGUGUUCCAGUUCUUCUCCAAGGAGUACAUCAACUUGCUUCUCACCGGCUACUUCUUCUUCCUCGGCGUGCUGGCUCUGAGCCAUCUUCUUAGUCCGAUAAUCUCGUUCCUGGUGCCGGCGUCGGUGCCGAACGUGCCGUACCACGUGCACUUCACGCGCGGCGACCGCGACGCGCGCUCCGACAUCAUCAACUACAAGUUCACGUCCUACGACGUCAUCUGUCUGCUCAUCUCGCUCUGUCUCGGCGCCUGGUACCUGCUCAAGAAGCACUGGAUCGCCAACAACCUGUUCGGCAUCGCCUUCGCCAUCAACGGCGUGGAGCUCCUCCACCUGAACAACGUGGUGACCGGCUGCAUCCUGCUGUGCGGCCUGUUCCUCUACGACAUCUUCUGGGUCUUCGGAACCAACGUCAUGGUCACCGUCGCUAAGAGCUUUGAGGCGCCGAUCAAACUGGUGUUCCCGCAGGACCUGCUCGUGAACGGACUGAACGCGAGCAACUUCGCGAUGCUGGGUCUCGGCGACAUCGUGGUGCCCGGCAUCUUCAUCGCUCUGCUGCUGCGCUUCGACAAGAGCCUCAAGCGCAACUCCGAGUUCUACUUCAGGGCGACGUUCUCCGCGUACAUCGUGGGCCUGCUGGCGACCAUCCUGGUGAUGCACGUGUUCCGGCACGCACAGCCGGCGCUGCUGUACCUGGUGCCGGCCUGCCUCGGCACGCCGCUCCUGCUGGCUCUCCUGCGCGGUGACCUGCAUGCUCUCUUCAAUUACGAGGACCAGCCGGCCGUAGCGGAAGACGACAAGGCGAAGACUGACUAAACUACCAUCCGACGCCACCCGACUAGCACAAAUGAGAAAACCAGCACACGGUGUAUUAGUAUAGAUACGUCAUAGAUUGCAACCAAGAGAUACCGCAUAGAAACUUUACUACUUGAUGUGACAUUCGGCUAAAAGGACCAAAUUUAUUUGGCUGUUUCAAACAGUCGAUGAAGAGGGCGAUAUUUGAUCGAUAAAUGGGUGGCAAUAUUGUUUACGGAUAAUGGAAGUUAUAAGGAAGAAAACAUUGAUCUUCUCCCUCCAAUGUUUCUAUGCGCCACCUAUCGGCGGUGAUCUGUGACAAGUUGCGUGCGGUGUGGGACCACGGACCCGUGCGGCUCUACAUCUGGCGAUAUUGGCGUAGCGCCCAAGAUUUUAAAACGCGAGAAAUAAUCUAUGGUCUAAUUAAGUUCUACUCGAAAAUAGUUUUUGUUAUUCUAGAGGAUGUAGUCCUUUAACGUUUUGUUGUAUUGUCUAAAUGCGGGCAAUAAUACUUAAAUGAAAUAUUUUCACGUGUUUUAAAGUCAUGUGUGUGAGCCCUGACGCCAUGUUGUGGCGUUUUUGACAGGUGUAAAAUAUGGAUAGUUAGAGGGCGAUUUUAUUGACCAAUUUGAUUUUUUUUAUAGUGUACGUUAAUAUUCAAAUAAAAUUUAGUCGAAGAUAUAUUUAGUUAGUGACGCAAAAUUAGGGUUUUUAUUAAUUUAGCUGGUGAAAUUUUAUAUAAAAUUUACUAAUAUUUUUUUACAAAAUUAAUAUUUUUAUUCUUAUCGGGAAAUGUUAAUUUUAAGGAAUAUAACAUGUACAUUGUACAUAUAAGUUCAUUUUGUUGUUAUUUAUUGCAUUUAAAAUGUUGAUCAGAGAUCUCCCACAUUCCGUCGCGAUGACAAAAAAAACUUAGAAUCUGGAGUAAAUACUUUAGAUAUAUUAGUCUGCGACGUCGUAGUUUUAAAUGUCAAAAUCUGACACGACUUGUCAAAGUGACGUGUGCUGUCAAAAACGUCACGACAUGGGCGACGUAAAUAGGUAAUGCCUCGUUCUACAACAUUUGAUGUGCAGCAUUUCGCGUUUAUUAAUAUUGCAUACACAGUUAGUGUUGUAAAGUACUUAGCGAUAUGACAUCAAUAUUGUAUUGUUGCUACAAAACAUCUUUUGUGCCAUCAAAUGUUGUGAAUUCGGGAUUUAACAUUAAGACUUCCAUGUACAUCUUCCAUGGGGCUACAUCUAAGGUGAAGUCACGUCUAUUCGUAAUUUAUGUUCUUCAGUAGUGAAUUAAAGUAAUCCUUAAUAAGUCUAAAAUGAAAAUUCAUUUUGGAUUUGUAUACAAUUGUCUCCAAGUUCAGAUAACAAAUUUUAGGGUCAUUUUUCGACCCAAGUUUUGGACCUAUGUUUUGGUCCCUAUUUCAAGAUUGUGACGGAUUUAUGUAUUCACAAAACUUAUUUCAUUAAAUGACUGUUUCUACUUUUGUCUAUGCUCUACUAUAAUUUUAUAUUCGUUCUUUCUUGUGAUGUUCUUAAAAGCAAUUUCUGGGUGCAUGAAUAAGCCCUAAAAUUGCUUUAUUGCGUUUUUUAGUCAUAAACAUUCAAAAGAAUUUAUUGUUCUCUAUAAUUUAUACAUAUAUUUAUAAUAAAAUCACUGAAAGGUCUGUUCGGUUGCCUUGAACUUUUGUGUUGUUUCCUAUAGUUACCACUUCACUACAAUUAUGUCUGACAAGUUUUUUUUUUAGAAAAAAUAUAAUUAUAAGUACAAUAUUUUAAUAUAUAAUUUGGUAAAUGGCUUA